AUGAUACUGAGCAAGUGCAAGUCGAAAGCGGAUUCAACAUGCGAACACUACACAACUCUCAAAUUUGAAGGAGUUUGCGGUUUCGUGUCUAAAUGGAAGUCAUUCUUUGGAAACAACACACUACCUUCCAGCUGCCCUUACCCAGCGGGAGAGUAUGAAAUGAGACACGGAAAAAUCACCAAAGAUAUGAUGCAGAUGAUGCCGCUUUCUGAUUCGACCUGGAAGGUGGUCUCCAAAGGCUUCAAGGACGACAGAAUGAUAGCUUGUUCUGUUAUGAGAUUCUCAAUCAAAAGAGAAGCGAGAAAAAAGAAGGACUAAGCAUCCAAUUUUAUCUUUGAAUAUGCAAGCUAAGGUGGAGGAAGAGAAUCCAGAUCUUUGAAAUGUAAAGUUGAUAACUUGACAAAUAAAAUAAUCUGCAACUGAAUCACUUAU